GAAAUUUCAUAAGAAAAUAUCUGGUAAUUACCAGUUGAUUCUGUCAAUAUACGUGUAAAUAGGGAACUGGCAAGUAUCACAUCAGCAUAGAGACUACCAUUUUUUUAUGAAUUGAGAUCCAUCUAUAUAUAUGUAUAUGCUGAUAUAUGAUGUAUUAGGAUGUAUUAUUAAGCUUUUCUUCCUAACAAAGAAAAUAUAGGAGAUGGGCUACCUUCAAAUGAGUCGAUUUUUCUUGUCUUUCAUGGCCUGGGUGCUGUUGCUCUCACCAGCAGCAGCAGCAGCUGAUCAUGGAGGCACCAGCCACAGCGAUGGCAGUAUAGGAGUCAUCGUUGAUUAUGGUUCCCGUGUGGGCAAAGAAGAGAAAGUAGCAAUGGAGUUGGCCAUUGAUGAUUUCUACAACAAGACAAAUCAACGACUGGUUUUGCAUUCGAGAGACUCUCAAGGCGAUCCUCUUCGUGCGAGGCUUUCAGCCAUGGACCUCAUUGAGAAGCAGCAAGUGCAGGCCAUUGUAGGCCUUCAUACUUGGGAGGAGGUGUCUUUAGUCGCAGAAGUUGGUGGCCAAGCUCGUAUUCCUAUUCUUUCAUUGGCUGAUUCAACUCCCAAAUGGGCAACAGAUCGGUGGCCAUUCCUGGUUCAAGCCUCACCAAGUAGAUACUUGCAAAUGAACGCAGUGGCUGCCAUUGUUGGGUCCUGGCAAUGGCGUUGGAUCACUGUAAUAUAUGAGGACACUGACUCUGCAGCCACUGAUAUCAUUCCAUGUCUUGCCGAUGCCCUCAAGCAAGUGGGUUCAGAAAUUGGCUACCUUCUGGCUCUUCCACCAUUUACUGUCAAUUCCUCUUCUCCUUUAUCAGGUGAGCUUGAGGGACUUAAAGGAAGGCAAUCAAGAGUCUUUGUGCUUCAUUCCUCUUUAUCAAUGGCAGCACAUCUAUUUGAAACAGCUAAUGAAUUGGGCAUGAUGGAAGAGGGAUAUGUUUGGAUCAUUACAGACAGAACUACAAAUCUUAUACAUUCCAUGAAUUCUGCAAUCAUCUCAUCAAUGCAAGGCAUUCUAGGAGUGAGGAGCUACUUCUCUCAAAGUGGACCACGGUUCCAAGGUUUCUAUCUCAGAUUCAGAGAGAAGUUUCAUUCCUUGUAUCCCAAGGAAGACAACCAUGAGCCUGGUAUUUUCGCUCUGCAGGCAUAUGAUGCUGUAUGGUCUGUGGCUCUUGCAAUGGAGACAGCUCCAAGCAGCAAAAAAGGGUUAAUCCAACCAUUUUUAGAAAGAAUAGCAAUCAGUGAUUUCCAUGGCCUAAACAGUAGAAUCCAAUUCAACAGGAGAAGCUUGGCUCCACAGCGCAUCUUUCAGAUUAUUAAUGUGAUUGGAAAGAGUUACAGAGAACUCGGGUUCUGGUUCGAGGGAUCAGGUUUCUCCAAGACUACCAAUAAGAAAUCUACAUACAGUAGGCAGCUUCAAGUCCUUGGACAAGUGCUGUGGCCAGGAGGCCCUUGGUCUGUUCCAAGAGGAUGGUCUCUUCCAACAAGCCAAAAACCAUUGCGGAUUGGUGUCCCCCAACAUGGAACAUUCAAACAGUUCGUUAAUGUGACAUAUGAUGGAAGCCAUUAUUCUGUUACCGGAUUCUCCAUCGAGGUUUUCAAUGCAACUCUAGAACACCUGAAAUACCCUGUAACAUAUGAGCUCAUUCCUUACAGUGGCAACUAUGAUUCAUUGGUGGAGCAGGUUCAUCUCAAAGAAUUUGAUGCAGUAGUAGGUGAUAUAUCAAUAAUUUCAAAGCGAUGGAAACACGCAGAUUUUACACACCCCUACAGCGAACCUGGAUUGGUGAUGAUAGUUCCUGCUGAAACAGAAAGUAGACCGUGGUUGUUCAUCAAACCCUUCACCAAGGCCAUGUGGGUGCUGACUGGUGUAAUAACUAUUUACAGUGGUUGUGUGCUAUGGCUAAUAGAACGAAAUCAUACCUCAGCAUUUGAAGGCUCUAUACUGAGCCAAACAGCAACUUUGCUUUGCAUGUCCUUUACUACUCUCUUCUCUUUACAUGGGGAGAAGUUGCAUAGCAAUUUAUCAAGGUUGUCCAUGGUGGUUUGGCUGUUUGUGGCACUGGUCAUAACACAAAGCUACACAGCCAAUCUCAGCACCCUGCUCACUGUCCAGCAGCUCAAACCCAGUGUCAAGUCCCUCAAGGAUAACAAUUUUGUGGUUGGUUGCAGCUUGCGGUCCUUUAUCCCAAAAUAUCUGGAGGAAGUCCUGGGAAUAGACCCGAAAAACAUCAAAGAUAUUAGGUCAUUCGAAGAAUAUCCUCAAGCUUUUAGAAGGGGAGAGAUAGCAGCUACCUUCAUGGAAUCCUUGUACGCAGAAGUGUUUCUUGCCCAGUACUGCAAGGGCUUUGUUACUGUUGGGCCAACAUUCAGAGUUGGAGGCUUAGGCUUUGUGUUUCCAAAGGGUUCAACUAUACUUCCAGACAUCUCAGAAGCGGUGGUGAAAUUGUAUGAAAAGGGCGAGAUAAUGUACUUACGUAACAAGUUGGUCCACUCCCAGAAAUGCUUGGAAGUGGAAGCUGAAGAUGAUCACAGCAUUAGCCCAGACAGCCUUUGGGUGCUCUUCUUAGCAACAGGAGCUACAUCAACAGUUUCGCUGGCAAUCUAUGUGGGAGGUCAGAUGCAACAUUUCCAGGAUUUUAUGUUAGAAAACAUAGGUAUUUGGAGGCUGAUAUCGGCAGCAAUGAGAUCCUGGAUGCAUCACCAUGCACAACGAACACAAUUCUCUGGUGGAGACCUCAAAAGAACCAGUUCUCUAGUAGAGUUAGGGACAUACAGAGGAAGCCAUGGAAAUGUCUGAGACUCGAGGGAUU